CUGAUUGGCGGCGUCUCGAUCAGCCCAAGCAAGGUAAAGAGUCCAAGGUUAAAUAAUGGUCCGUCCAAGGGUUCGUCUGUAACACUCCUCUCAGUCUGCCUAAACAUCGGGCCGGAGAAAGAGAGGGCGGGGGCGUUGCGGCGAAGGAGAUUCACAACAGAGGUCGAUCAGCCAGUCUGCAAGUCCUUGAGCCACUGACACAAGAUGGGCGGGGACAAGUACGUGUGCACCCUGAGUCCUGAGCUCCUCCAGCGGGCCAAGGAUGAGAUCAACGAGGACCCGGAUCGUCGCGAGGCGGACAUCGAGCACAUCAGGGACUGGCUCAGGCACCAGCCGCACAUCAACGCCAGGAUGGACGACUGGACCAUCCUGAGGUUCCUGCGGGGCUGCAAGUUCUCCCUGGAGCGCACCAAGGAGAAGCUGGACAUGUUCUACACCUGCAAGUCGCUGUGCCCCGAGUGGUACAAGAACAGGGACCCGCAGGACAAGAAGCUGCGAUCCAUCCUCGAGCUCGGUAUAUUGCUUCCUCUGACCGGGUAUGACUACAUGGGGCGAAGAGUUAUGCUCGGGCGACUUGGCCACUACAACCCUAGCAAGAACUCUGCGAACAUGCUAUUCAAGGCCCUGUCCAUGGUGACCGACUGUAUGCUGGAGGAGGACGAACAGGCAUCGGUCACGGGCUACGUUGCGAUAGGCGACAACGCGGACAUGUCACUGUCUCACGUGUACAUCUUCACGCCAUCCAUUGCCAAGAAGGCCAUGGUGCUCUGGCAGGUGAGGAGGAAGAGUCAAUGUGCGUUCCUCGGUUCGAAAUCCUUAACUGCAUUGUGGGAUGGGAGGUGGGGAGGUCAUGUGCAAGGGUACUGUAAUCGCGUUGGUUGUAUUAUGGGAGACCGUGAUUUUCAUGUUGCCUUUCUUCUGUGAAUCAAUUUAUAGGAUGCGAAAUACUUAAUAACAAACAGUAAGAGUCAAACCUCGUAAAAUAGCUCUAGAUGAAAGUGACGACUGAAAAGAAUGAAAUAUGACUCACCUACUUACCCCGUUUCCUCCCCCGUGACGACCAGCACAACCCCACUCCACUGUUACUUCUCGACUGCCGUUUGAGGUACAGUGCUGCCCUCUGUUGGUACUGAAGCUCAUCAUUUCUGGCUUCAGUUUUGGUCCUCCCCGUGUAUAAAAAAGUCAUCGUACAUUGAACUGAUCCAGAAGUCCCGUCUCUCUUCUGGUUCGUUGA